AUGGGCUUCUGGUGGAUCCUGCGCUUCCCCGUCUUCCUGGCCAUCCUGAUCAACUUCUUCAUCUUCAUCCGCAUCAUCCAGAUCCUCGUCUCCAAGCUCCGCGCGCACCAGAUGCGCUACACGGACUACAAGUUCAGGCUGGCCAAGUCCACGCUGACGCUGAUCCCGCUGCUGGGCAUCCACGAGGUGAUCUUCGCCUUCGUGACGGACGAGCAGGCCCAGGGCACCCUGCGCUACGUCAAGCUCUUCUUUGACCUCUUCCUCAGCUCCUUCCAGGGGAUGCUGGUGGCCGUUCUCUACUGCUUCGUCAACAAGGAG